AUGGAACAAAAACAGGAAGCGGAUAUUGGAUUUCCUACAGGAAUAACAUACGAUAGAUUAGAAGCGGUGGAUUAUACUGACAUCUAUCAUGUAUUGAGAGUGAAUUUCUACACAAAAAAACCUGACGAAUUAUCAAAAAUGCUAGCAGUGAUAUAUCCAUUUGAUAUUUCGGUGUGGAUAGCAACAGUCAUAUUUUUCGUAAUUAGCAGUUUGUCAUUUUAUUUUAUCAUCAAUCAUAGCCGAAAAUUGCACGAAAAGAGAGAAAUAAAGUUAUACGACAUCAUAUGGGCUCUUUUUGGAUCACUUACUGAUCAAGGAAAUGACAUUUUUGAGAUGGAUAAAAGCAACAGAAUAAUGAUAUUUGCAUGGCUAAUUUCGUCGUUUAUACUUGUGUCCAGUUACAGUGGGGCGAUUAUGUCUUUUAUUAUUCAUGCCGGUCACGAAGAAGUUCCUCGUACAUUUCAAGAAUUAAUUGCAGCAAUUAAAGAAAAUACCUAUAGAGCUGGAGCUUUAUUUCAUACUGGAGUAGGAAAAAAUGUUGAUGAUGCUACUGAAACAUCGCCGUUACUGUUUGGGAUAAAGAAAUUACACGAACAAGGAAAAGUCAUAAAUAUUGGACCGAACGACGAUGUUUACGAAUUACUUUUGAUGAAGAAAUUUGCACUUAUACACUACGAUAUAGACGGAAAAGCGUAUACCAGUGCUUUGGGAAUUAAUAACUAUAUAUAUUCAAAAGAAUCUCUUUAUUCCCAGUAUGAAAUAUUGGCUAUAAGAAAGGAAUUUCCAUACAAACAACUUUUUAAUAAAUGCAUUCGUCGAAUAAUAGAAAGUGGAUUAUUUUGUUAUACUGUAAAUUAUCAAGUAAAUAAACUGAGACAUACAAAGGUAAUUCCAGAAAAAGAUACGGAUCCCAAACCAUUAACAGUGGAAGAUUUAAUUGGAGCAUUUUGUGUUCUUAUAAUUGGAUACGUUUUAUCAAUUUCAGUAUUUAUUUUAGAGCUAUUAACAAAUGUAAGCAAAUUUUCAAAGCUAUUAAAAUCAAAAAAGUCUACUUCAGUUUUUCUCAGCGAGUAAGGUGUUUCGAGAGUUUCCUAGUUUAUUUCA